AUGGAGCUGAAGCAGUCAGAGAGCAAUGGUGUAGACCAUGUCGACAUCACGCAGGAACCGCGCCUUGACGCCCCCGAGGGAUCGCCUCUGCCGUGGUACAAGCAACAUGAACUCAGGAAGCUGUACUUCAUGAUGGUCUUCCUCUUCCUGGGAUCGACGACACUAGGCUACGAUGGAAGCUUACUGAACGGGCUUCAGACCAUGCAGUCAUGGCAGUCUUACUUUGACCACCCGACCGGAAGCCGUCUCGGCAUCUUUGGCGCCAUGCCCGGCUUCGGCGGCCUCUUCGUCCUCCUCUUCGCCCCGUAUAUCGCCGACGGCCUCGGCCGAAAGACUGGAACCGCCAUCGGAUGUGUGCUUGUCGUCGCCGGCGCUCUCCUGCAGGCCUUCCCCAAAGAGGGCGCGGGCAGAGACGCAAUGUACCUCAUCGGCCGCUUCAUCAUGGGCGCGGGCUCCAACAUCUCCAACGGCACGUGCCCGCUGCUCAUCACCGAGGUCGCGCAUCCGAGACACCGCGGCAAGGUCACGACUCUCUACAACACGCUCUGGUGCUUCGGCACACUCACCCAGCAACACGGCGACAUCCAAUGGCGCCUGCCCACCGGCCUCCAGUGCAUGAUGCCCGGGAUUCAGCUCCUCGCUGUGUGGUUCCUGCCCGAGAGUCCGCGCUGGCUCAUCAGCAAGGGCAAGGAAGAGCAGGCGAAGCGGGUGCUCAUCAAGUACCACGGCAACGGCGACGAGACCGACGCGUUCGCGCACUGGGAGUUUGCCGAGAUCUCGAGCACCCUCAAGUUGGAGAGGGAGGCGGCGGCGAACAGCGGGUGGAUGGAGCUGGUGCGCACGCCGGGUAACCGCAAGCGGUGCGCUUUGAUCAUUGCGACGGCUAUCUUCUCGCAGUGUUCUGGAAACGGCCUGGUUUCGUAUUAUUUGAGUGUCAUUCUGAAUACUAUUGGUAUCAAGGACUCGAUUACACAGUCGUACAUCAACGGCGGCCUCACCAUCUGGUCCUGGCUUGUAUCGCUCACCGCCGCAUUUUUCGUCGACCGGAUCGGACGCCGCGUUCUGUUCCUCUUCGCCGGCAUUGGCAUGCUGCUUUCAUUCUCUGUCUGGACGGCGUGUAGCGCAGUCUACGCUCAGACAGAGUCGUCUUCGGCUGGCAUCGCUGUGGUAGCGAUGAUAUUCGUAUUUUACGGUGUCGCUGGCGCUGCCUGGCCUGGUUUGACAGUCUCUUACACCGUCGAGAUUCUCCCCUACAACAUCCGCGCCAAGGGUCUCACGCUGUGCUUCUGCUUCACGGCGCUGAGCGGUGUCUUUAACCAAUGGGUCAACCCGCUCGGAAUUGAGCAGUUGGAAUGGCGUUUCUACUUUGUUUACAUUGCAAUCUUGGUGAUUGAGGUCUUGGUCAUCUACUUCUUCUUUGUGGAGACCAGAGGGCCCACGCUGGAGGAGAUUGCGGUGCUUUUUGACGGCAAGGACUCCGCCGCUGGGUUGGCGAGGCAUGAAGCGCAAGCGCAGGCUGAGAAGGUCGAGAAGAGAGAGUCGGCGUGA